UUUUUUUUUUUUUUUGCCCUUGCACAAGAUUACUGCCCAUCCUCUCCUCUCUUUGGCCGAAACCAUUCAACCCCAUUUGGAUUUUCCAUCCUUAGCGCUCCCCGGCGAUUUUCACUGCUCUCUUCAGAAGCAUUUCAGCUGUUAGAUGAUGGCAAGUUAUGCUUCGAUGAAUUUUGCUCUUACUCGACACCCUGUUGGAAUGUUGUCUGCUCUUGGAGGCAGAGUCUCUUUGGAGCAUCACUCGGGAAAAUUCUGUAUGAAAAUGCCUGAGGAUAGGAAUGGCUUUGUGGGUAUCAAUCAAAAAUCAAGUUCGGUCAAGUGUUCUUACAAUUCUCACAGUGUCAGCCCAUAUCAGAACAGAGAUUCAUUUCUGGAUUUACACCCUGAAGUUUCCAUGCUAAGAAAGGACAAUGUGAGUGGAACUACUACGGAGAACUUGGAAGAUGAAUCCAGUAGUAAUUACAAUGAGGCAAAGAUUAAAGUUAUUGGUGUGGGAGGUGGUGGAUCAAAUGCCGUUAAUCGUAUGAUCGAAAGUUCGAUGCAGGGUGUGGAGUUUUGGAUUGUUAAUACAGAUGUUCAAGCAAUGAAAAUGUCUCCUGUCUAUCCCGAAAACCGUCUACAAAUUGGUCAAGAACUUACAAGAGGUCUUGGUGCUGGUGGGAAUCCUGAAAUUGGCAUGAAUGCUGCAAAUGAAAGUAAAGAAGCUAUUGAAGAGGUGCUUUAUGGAUCUGACAUGGUGUUUGUCACUUCUGGAAUGGGUGGAGGAACUGGAACCGGAGCGGCUCCUAUUGUUGCAGGCAUUGCAAAAUCAAUGGGCAUAUUGACAGUUGGUAUCGUUACUACUCCGUUCUCUUUCGAAGGACGAAGGCGAGCAGUUCAAGCACAGGAAGGAAUUGCAAAUUUAAGAGACAAAGUCGAUACACUGAUAGUUAUCCCUAAUGACAAGUUACUGACAGCAGUUUCACAGGCUACUCCUGUGACAGAAGCCUUUAAUUUGGCUGAUGACAUUCUUCGACAAGGUGUUCGUGGUAUUUCCGACAUCAUCACGAUACCAGGGCUCGUAAAUGUAGAUUUUGCCGAUGUCCGUGCCAUAAUGGCAAACGCUGGUUCGUCGUUGAUGGGAAUAGGAACUGCUACUGGAAAGACGAGGGCAAGAGAUGCUGCUUUAAACGCUAUCCAAUCACCUCUGUUGGAUAUUGGCAUAGAAAGGGCCACUGGAAUUGUGUGGAACAUAACGGGUGGAAGUGAUUUGACUUUAUUUGAGGUGAAUGCUGCAGCGGAGGUCAUAUAUGACCUUGUAGAUCCAACUGCGAACUUAAUAUUUGGAGCAGUGAUAGAUCCUUCACUUAGCGGUCAAGUUAGUAUAACUCUAAUCGCAACUGGAUUUAAGCGCCAAGAAGAAAGCGAAGGACGGCCCGUUCAGGCCAGUCAACCGUCCCCGGGAAACAACAAUUUCGGAAUCAACCGUAGACCUUCCUCUUUCAAUGAAGGUAGUUCGUUUGAAAUCCCAGAAUUCCUAAAGAAGAAAGGUCGUUUGCGCUAUCCUAGCGCUUAAUCACCUUCGUCAAGUCCGAGCACUCAACCUACCUUCGUUCGUACAUAUAAUAUGCUGCUAUAGAUCGUAGUAUCUGUAUAUGCAUCGGUUUCGUUACUCUGUAUAUCUUUUGAGUAAUAAAAUAGCUCAUAUAUUUGCAGUCUUAUCUGUAGUUACAAUAUGAAUGAUGUUUGUAGCUGAAGAGCUUGAAACUUGGUUCAGCAAAGUACUGUAAUGGCUGAAGCCAAGAUGAAGCCGCUGUGCUCAAUUUAGUGCUCAUGGUUGUGCCAUUAUACCUUCAA